AGCAAGGCUUGAUGUCGUAAAGACUUACAUGCGCAUGCGUAGAGUACCAGACCAUCUCCAGAACAAGGUGAUUAAAUGGUUUGAUUACCUUUGGGUGACUCAGAAGUCUUCUGAUGAGGACCGCUCGGUGGGAUUUCUUCCGGAUAAACUCAAAGCAGAAAUAGCUAUUCACGUGCAUCUAAACACUUUGAAACAAGUUGAAAUUUUCCAGAACACAGAAGCUGGGUUUCUAUGUGAAUUGGUAUUGCGAUUGCGGCCUGUUCUUUUCAGUCCUGGAGACUAUAUCUGUCGUAAAGGUGAGGUUGGGAAGGAGAUGUACAUAGUCAAUAGGGGCCGGCUAGAAGUAGUCACAGACAAUGGAAAGACGGUGCUUGCCACCCUGAGGGCUGGAAGCUAUUUUGGUGAAAUCAGUAUUCUGAACAUGAGCACAACAGGCAAUAGACGAACAGCGUCGGUACGGUCCGUUGGCUACUCUGACCUUUUCUGUUUAAAUAAACAAGACAUGUGGGAUGUACUCAAAGAUUACCCUGCAGCACGUGAUCGGUUGGAAUCCAUUGCCGUGAAAAGACUGGAGAAGUAUCGGAAAGAUCCGCUUCAAAAUAUUGCCAUGAGUCGAAGCCAUAGCACCCCAGGUCUCCUGGAAUCGCACGGACAAGUUCCUCUGGAAAACAUGCCCCUGUAUCCGCGGGAACCGUCCACCACUGCUUCUGCGGCAACCCUACUGUCAGACGACGAAUGUAGGCAGAACGUCAGGGCCACAGCUAGUGGAACCAGAAGCCGUAGAACAAGUGUGGACGAUAUUCAGCGGAGAGGAACACCUUUAUACGAACAGAUCGAACCAACUUUAAGGAGUUCAUUCCCAACUCAUACUGGGGCACAAAGAAGUGGCGGUAGACUCUAUCUUGUAGAGUCUUCCCUCGACCGGCAACUUGUAGCUACAACCACUUCACAUACUGAUUUGUUUACGCCAUUGCCACCGUCACCUUACUUUGUUCACUCCUCCAGCCAUAACACAUUUGAUGUGUCUCCUGUUAGUGACUAUUCGGCGAUGAGUUCUACUGGCGUUGACCGCACAAUUUACAGUAGCCAUUCGCCUCACGUGCCAGUGCCGUCACCCAUUUAUGUGAGCCACAUAGGAAGGGUCACACCUCACUCGGACAGGGAUUCCCAUCCGGAAAGCUUAGUGACGGAGAUCAAACGACUGCGCGAAAGACUCAUGACUUUGGAAACAGAAAACGCCUCUAUGGGCAUGAAACUGAGCCAUCAACAGUGGGAAGUAGAAAACAGGUUAGCAGAGAUUGAACUGCAGGUGUGUGGAACUGGAGGUGAGACUAGCCCGAUAAGUUGUGGAAGUACUGACGAAAAUGAGCGUAAUCGUGAAUCCGUUAUUUGAAAGUCCUUAGUCUACAAUGUUAUGGUUUUAUUCGCCCUAGAAAGUCCCCAUCUUUUCUAAUCUGUGAAAGCCCAAAGAUGUUAUUAGAAACCAAGCACGUGUACAACAAAAGAUCAAUUGAUCGACGAUCCUCUUAAGUCUGAGAUGAUCUGUGAUGAAUAUGAAAUGGCAGUUUGUUUAGAAGAUCGUUUUUCAAGUAUUGAGCUUAAUUCAACAUGUUUCAGUGUGUAAGAUGUAAAACAUAUUUAAAUUAAAUAUCAUAUCAACUAAUUCAUUCUAUAAUGCAUUCACACUUCUUCAAACAUUUUCAGGUUGCAUACUGUUAAUCUUUUUUCUUCAUAAUUAUCUUCAUCAGUGAUAUCUCCACAGAUGUUUUUCUCUUUUUAAAAAAAUUACAGUUCUUUGUUGCUAUUAUAUUUACUAAUAUUUUCAAGUCUGAAAUCUUAACAUUGUAGUUUAUUGCUUAUACCCUCUUCUAAGACAUACAACUGCACGUUUUUGAAAAUGGAACUAAUAAUGUUAAAGUUAUAGCUGUUAUACUUAUGCAAAAAACAACAACAUUUAACAAAAUACAUUAUAUUUGUUUCUACUAACACCAAAGUUUAGUAUCUAUUUAGUAUUCACUUUUGGAGAAUUAUAUUUUCGUUAAGUAUAAUUAUUGGUUUUGUAUGAUCCCCCGUGAGUGUGGUUUUUGCUGAGUUCUCAAUAAUUUCGUGACUGAAAAACAUUAAUGUGAUUAAGAAUGUUUGUAUGUAAGUGAAAUUUUAAUAUAAUUAUCAGUAUUUCAAGUAGAUUAAUUUAAUUUAUCCCUUUUAGAAAAAAAAAACUAUUUAUAUUCGAAAACUAUAUGGCAAAUGACAAGGUGCCCGCAGAACAAAAAUUAGGGGGGUCAGUACCCCUGUAAUUACAAAUACCUUAUGAUUUUCCAAUAACAUAGAAUAAUAAUUUUACAUGUCUAGUAAUUUUUUUUUCUUUUUUGAAAAUGAAGUGGGGGUCAAGUGAUCCCCCAUGCCCCUUCCUGCGGGCGCCCAUGCCAAAUGAUAUUAAUCUCUAUUCACCUAUGUGUCAUUGCAGAAUGUCGUUACUGGGCAGCGACAAAUCUUUUGCGAGAUUCACCUUUAUUUGUGUUGUUGUUGUUGUUUUUCUGGGUGAUUGUAAGAAUAUUUACGAUAAUCGAAACUAAAUAAUUGCCGAUUAAUGUAGUGUUUUGUAUUUAACAUCAAUCAUAGCCUAAUCAUGAAAAAUAUUAUACAUAUUACGUUUUAUGAAAUUGGAACGAUUUUUUUCCCUUAAGUUUUUAUUGUGGUAAAAAUCUCUGGAAAUUAAUUAAAUUAUUUGAGUUGUGUUUUUUUGUCAUGAUAUAAAAUCAAAUAAGGUAAAUGGAAUUAUACAGUACGUUGUACAAAAGUGACUUUCAUUUUUAAUAGAUCGAAAAAUUUUUAUAAGGGUUUUAUUGCUACCCAAAACAUGGAAUUGAUUUGUAUGCAUUUUCGAAACAUGUCUUCCACGUAGGUUAAAUAUCUUCCAUAAUUAGAUAUCAUGUCGAUUUCAGUUGUAUAUACAUACUUUAAUAACAAUUUAUGAUAAUUUCUUAGUUGGUAUUGGAAGUAAUAAAUGUAAAGUGUUACUGGAAGAGAUUUCCAUAUGAUACUUUCAAGACAUAUCUAGUUGAUACCACAUAUUUUUAUUCUGGCUAAUUUCAUCAAUUUUCAGAUUUCAAGUUAGGCUUAUGAAACUUACAUAUAACGAGUUUUAGAAGUUUUUUCUUUUAUUUGAUUAUAUUAAUAUGGUGUAUUAAAAUGUAUAAUAUAGCACAUCCUUAUUCAUUGUAAUCGUUACAAUUGUAGAGGAUUAUAAAAGAAAACAACAGUUAUUGUUCACAGUUCCUUAGACAUGAGUUAAAGCUAGACAUUAUUUCACCACACCUUAUUCCUAAUGAAGUACACCAUUUUAACAGUAACAUGAUAUGAAUUACUACCAGCAUAUUAAAACUUGUCAUAAACCUUUUGAAAAUGUUUAUCAAUGAUAUAGAAAAAAAUGACGUGUAGUAUCUAAUGCAGCAGAUAAUUUUAAGCCAGUAGUCCACUAAACUUAGGUCUAAAGUACGCCGCAGUAAACCCCCAUUCAAUCCCAUGUUGGCAUUUAUUUUAAAUUUUGUGUUUUGAGCAAUUAAUGUCUUUACACAUCGUCUCCACUUGCCUUUUCGAGGGUUACAAAGUUCUAUCUUUUAUAUGAUUCUUUGAAGUGAAAUUCUGUAAGACGAACUAUAAGUGUUGGUCUUGAUUCUUAUAAAAAUUAAAUGACUCCAAGUUUAAUAAUCAACAUGUGCAACAAGAUGAGGCUUACAAUGUUGUACAGUAUAAUCUCCUGUUGAAAUCUAUACAGUUCGCAUAUAUUCAUUCCUGUUGUUCUUGAAGCUUUAAACUUCUUUCUCUAGACCGUCAACAUAUUUAAUUAGUGCACCAAUAUAACUAAGACCGUAUAAACUAGAACAUUAUUACUGGUAGAAUUGGCGUCAAGAGAUCGAAAUAUUCAAUAAAAAGUAAGCAAUAAUGAAGAAACUAUAAAACUCCGAUCUACAAUUUCGAAAUUGUAUAACAAAAAUUAACCUAUUCGAAUGCACGUGAAAACAUGUUAUUGCACAAAAUGCAAAGUGAAAAAUGGUCAUAUUCCAGCGUUGUUAACGCUAUUUUAUUUUCACGCGAGUGAGUUGCCAAGUUCAGAUAAACAAAAUUCUUCUUUUGAUAUAAAGCCUUUAAUAAUACUGUAACAUUAAAAUUAGGUAAAUAUUAAGCUUAUAGAUUUAACUGCAUAUUUUUUCAAAAUAAUUUUCAAAAAUCUUUGAGAUGUUAAUGUAAUUCUAUGAAAAUGAAAUGUUCUGCGAUAUCAAAAGCCUUUAAAUUUUACUUUUAUUAUUAACUUGCAUGAACUUCCGAACGGUAGAACUCAUGUAUAUUGUUCCAAAUUAAACCUAAUGCGUGUAAAUACAUAUGAAAUAUCCAAUUUUUAAUAAAAGUUAUUGAUUCUCA